CCUCUCUCCGGGCGCCGGAUCCUCCUCUGGGCCACUCUCCCCGGCAACUUUCCGCGCUUUGUUCUCCGGCUGCAAAUGCGUUGCGGAAGCUGCUUGGACAGGGUCUCCGCCAGGCGGCAAGAGCUGCGCGCGGAGACGUGUGACGCUCUCAUCUCCCCAUCAAUUAUGGAUGGAAACAAAUCAGGAACAGUCGAUGCCGCUUGAGCCCCUUCUCCGGCGCGGCCAGCAGCUUCUUGCAGCCGGGAAGGAGCCGCGGCGCGAGGGGCCAUGGUGACGUUCCGCGAAGAGAGCUAAGCGGGAUUUGUGAGGCUGGGCUGCUGUGACGUCGUCCAGGCCCACCAUGAGGCUCUUCCUGCUCUGUGUCUACAUGCUACUCCUGAGGGCCUCCCAGUCCAGAGCAGUCAGCUUUCCUGAAGAUGAUGAGCCCCUUAACACGGUUGACUACCACUACUCCAGGCAAUAUCCGGUCUUCAGAGGACGCCCUUCAGGCAACGAAUCGCAGCACCGGCUGGACUUUCAGCUGAUGUCAAAAAUCCGAGACACACUCUAUAUUGCUGGCAGGGAUCAAGUUUAUUCGGUAAAUUUAAAUGAAAUUCCCAAAACGGAAGUCGUACCAAGCAAGAAGCUGACAUGGCGGUCAAAACAACAGGACCGAGAGAACUGUGCUAUGAAAGGCAAGCAUAAAGACGAAUGCCACAACUUCAUCAAAGUGUUUGUUCCAAGAAACGACGAGGUGGUUUUCGUUUGUGGCACCAAUGCCUUCAACCCUAUGUGCAGAUACUAUAGGCUGAAUACCUUAGAGUAUGAUGGGGAAGAAAUUAAUGGCCUGGCAAGGUGCCCAUUUGAUCCCAGACAAACCAAUGUUGCCCUUUUUGCUGAUGGCAAGUUGUAUUCCGCCACGGUGGCUGACUUCCUGUCCAGUGACCAUGUUAUUUAUCGAAGCAUGGGUGAUGGGUCUGCCCUUCGUACAAUCAGAUAUGAUUCCAAGUGGAUAAAAGAGCCACACUUUCUUCAUGGCAUAGAAUAUGGCAACUACGUCUAUUUCUUCUUUCGAGAAAUUGCUGUAGAACAUAACAAUUUAGGCAAGGCUGUCUAUUCCCGAGUGGCCCGCAUCUGUAAAAAUGACAUGGGUGGCUCCCAGCGGGUCCUGGACAAACACUGGACUUCAUUUCUGAAGGCUCGGCUUAACUGCUCUGUGCCCGGAGAUUCAUUCUUCUACUUCGAUGUUCUGCAGUCUAUCACAGACAUCAUACAGAUCAACGGGGUCCCCACUGUGGUCGGGGUGUUUACCACGCAGCUCAACAGCAUCCCCGGUUCUGCAGUCUGUGCGUUUAGCAUGGAUGACAUCGAGAAAGUAUUCAAAGGGCGAUUUAAAGAACAGAAAACUCCGGAUUCUGUUUGGACAGCAGUCCCAGAAGACAAAGUGCCAAAGCCAAGGCCCGGGUGCUGUGCAAAGCAUGGCCUCGCCGAGGCAUACAAGACCUCCAUCGAAUUCCCCGACGAGACCUUGGCUUUCAUCAAGUCCCACCCGCUGAUGGACGCUGCUGUGCCGCUCAUCGCUGAUGAGCCCUGGUUCACCAAGACACGUGUCAGGUACAGGCUGACGGCCAUCGCUGUGGACCACACGGCAGGGCCCCACCAGAACUACACUGUCAUCUUCGUCGGCUCUGAGGCUGGGGUGGUCCUGAAAGUGCUGGCAAAGACCACCACCUUCUCUCUGAAUGACAGCGUCUUGCUAGAAGAGAUCGAAGCCUACAACCAGGCCAAGUGCAGUGCUGAGAAUGAGGAAGACAAAAAGGUCCUCGCGUUACAGCUGGACACGGAUCACCAUGCUCUGUUCGUGGCUUUCUCGAGCUGCGUCAUCCGAAUACCCCUCAGCCGCUGUGAGCGGUACGGAUCCUGUAAGAAGUCUUGCAUCGCCUCUCGGGACCCAUACUGCGGCUGGCUGAGCCAGGGGGCCUGUGGGAGAGUGACCCCGGGAAUGCUGCUGUUAACCGAAGACUUCUUUGCUUUCCAUAACCACAGCGCUGGAGGGUACGAACAGGACACUGAGUUCGGCCACACGGCCCACCUAGGGGACUGCCACGAAAUUUUGCCUACUUCAGCCACACCAGAUUACAAAAUAUUUGGCGGGCCAACCUCUGACAUGGAGGUAUCUUCAUCUUCUGUUACCACAGUGGCAAGUAUCCCAGAAAUUACACCUAAAGUGAUUGAUACCUGGAGACCUAAACUGACGAGCUCCCGGAAAUUUGUAGUUCAAGAUGACCCAAACACUUCUGAUUUUACUGAUCCUUUAUCGGGUAUCCCAAAGGGUGUGCGCUGGGAGGUCCAGUCCGGAGAGUCCAACCAGAUGGUGCACAUGAACGUGCUCAUCACCUGCGUCUUCGCCGCCUUCGUCCUGGGCGCCUUCAUCGCGGGCGUCGCCGUCUACUGCUACCGGGACACGUUCGUGCGGAAGAACAGGAAGAUGCACAAGGACGCGGAGUCGGCGCAGUCCUGCACAGACUCCAGCGGCAGUUUUGCCAAGCUCAAUGGCCUCUUCGACAGCCCGGUUAAGGAAUACCAGCAGAACAUCGAUUCUCCGAAGCUCUACAGCAACCUGCUGACCAGCCGUAAAGAGCUGGCCCCCAGUGGAGACACCAAGUCCAUGGUGCUGGACCACCGUGGCCAGCCUCCCGAGCUGGCCGCCCUCCCCACACCGGAGUCUACCCCCGUGCUGCAUCAGAAGCCCCUGCAGUCCAUGAAGAGCCACUCGGACAAGGCCCACGGCCAUGGGGCUUCCCGGAAGGAGACCCCCCAGUUCUUCCCCUCCAGCCCCCCACCGCACUCCCCGCUUGGCCACGGGCACAUCCCCAGCGCUAUUGUCCUCCCCAACGCCACACACGACUACAACACCUCCUUCUCCAACUCCAACGCCCACAAGGCCGAGAAGAAGCUGCAGCACGCGGACCACCCCCUCACAAAGUCGUCCAGCAAGAGAGACCACCGGCGCUCCGUGGAUUCCAGAAACACCCUCAAUGACCUCCUGAAGCAUCUCAGCGACCCAAACAGCAACCCCAAAGCCAUCGUGGGUGACAUCCAGAUGGCCCACCAGAGCCUCAUGCUGGAUCCUGUGGGGCCGAUGUCUGAGGUUCCCCCCAAAGUCCCCAACCGGGAGGCAUCGCUCUACUCUCCCCCGUCCACACUCCCCAGAAACAGUCCGACCAAGCGAGUGGACGUGCCAACCGCUCCUGGGGUCCCCAUGACCUCCCUGGAAAGACAAAGGGGUUACCACAAAAACUCCUCCCAGAGGCACUCUAUCUCCGCCAUGCCUAAAAACUUAAACUCACAGAGCGGUGUUUCGCUGUCCAGACAGCCCAGUAUGAACCGCGGGGGCUACGUGCCCACCCCCACGGGGGCGAAGGUGGACUAUAUUCAGGGGACACCCGUGAGUGUGCACCUCCAGCCUUCCCUCUCCAGACAGAGUAGCUAUACCAGUAACGGCACCCUCCCCAGGACGGGACUAAAGCGGACGCCGUCCUUAAAACCUGACGUGCCACCAAAGCCUUCCUUUGUCCCUCAGACACCAUCCGUCAGACCACUGAACAAGUAUACCUACUAGGCCUGCGGCGUUCCACUCUGUGUGGCUUUAUCCCUGUCCCUGACAGGUACCUGCAGAGGAGACACCUGCUUGGAUUUGCAAGAGAACCAACCGGCCAGAGAGACCUCUCUCACUUUGCAGCAUCACAACUCGCCCCAUGAAGCCGCCGUGGCCAGGCUUCUGUGUACUUGCCUGCGAGAAGAGGAAGGGGCUGGUCAUUCCAUUUCUCCUGUGCGCAGCUCACGUGGUGUGUAGCUCGGAGGGGCUUCUUGGCCUGGCGAAAGAGCGGAUUCGGUCCUUGGAGGAAUCCGUGAACAAAUACUUGAAAAUGGGUUCCAUUCAGACUGCCACUGUGUGUGGCCCUCCCAUUCAAUGUGAACACUGUAACUACGUAUGCAUUCACCUUGCCCUUGCACAAAUGUCAAAAAAUUUUUAAAAAAGAUGGUAAUGUCUCAAAGAAACAAACUUGUAGAUUACCAUGCAGUUUGCUGAAAAUUCAGUCUUUGACCCAAACUGUAGCAUUUUUUCCAACUGUAGGAUGAGCAUUUUUCAGAUAUGUGUGUGUGUGUGUGUGUGUGUGUGUGUGCGCGUGCGCGUGGGUGUGUGAGAGAGAGAUAGUGAAUUCUGUACCCACUAGGGUGCGUGGAGAUGACGGUUGCAUCUUUCUGUGCUAUGGCGUUGUUUACAUUGACUGAAUAAGAGACACUCCCUUCUUCUUCCAGCAGUCCAUUGGGUCCAGUUCCGAGAGAGGCUACAACCCGGACUCCUAUAACACUCAAACAUGAGCUCCAUUUCUGUGGUGGUGCCCAAUGCCAGAAUGUAAGAGUUCCAUAAUUUUGUGCUGCUAUCCCUUAAAACUUCUUAUACCAGUCUUGCCAGCUUACGGAGCUAGAGCUAUCAAGAGGUGCCCUUGGUUUUUCCACCAGUGUUGAGUAGGAAAACGUACCUGGCCACUGUGAACCAAGACCUGAGUCACUAUUUAACCUCGGACACAUUGGAAAGGGUUGAUUCUGAUUGGGUUUCUUUUUUCUCCAUAGAGUAAAAUUUUUUCACCCUAAUUCUUCCUACCCCUGAGAUUAAAAAAAAAGAAACAAACAAAAACAGGACAAAAGAUCUAUGAAAGGAACCGUAAUUGGUGGAAUAGGAAAGGUCUGUGAAAACAUAAUGGGUAGUUACAAUCCUGUUGUCUCUGUUGUGUUAUGUGAGGAUUUUCUCCUGAGUCAUGCAGGUUAUGACGACGUACUGUAAAUAUCACCUGUGAGUUUACCUGAAUCUGUGCAUUUUGUGCCUUAUUCAUGAGAACGAUAGAAGUCCUAAAACAUGUCUAGUGUUUCCAAUACAGCACAUCCUUUACCGAGUGCCACUUGUAAAUGUUUUUCAACCAGCACCUGAAAAGACUUUUACAAAAGGGGAAAAAAAUCAUACCAAAUGACCUAGAGUAAUGAAUUGGUAUGCGGUCCACCCGAGUCACAGCAUUGCGUCCUUUGCCAUGAUACCCGUUCCACGCCUGCUUUCCUGGAAUAAAACAGUGAAAUUGUGAAGUUAGAUGAGAUUUCUAGGGGGGGAGAUUCCACCUGCAGAAACCAUAGAGAGUCACUGAUACAAGGUGUGGCAGAAGCCGCUUACAGCGCUGCCCAUGCCAAUUUCAGUUGCUAUGCUGCACACACACAGGCUGCCCAUUAUUUAUUGAACCUAUUCUAGAAAGUACCAUGGCAGAGAAAGACUCCUGAUCUAGCCAGACAUUUGAGUUCGGGUCAUUUCUGGGAUAACGCUGACGCUCUAUAUUGCUUGGGAGAGGAGGAGAUUUGGAAGACCAGGUCCCUUUUAUACAGAACAUAGAAUCCUGAUCGCGUUCUGCUUUUCCUUUAAGAACAUUGUUUGAUCAAGAACCUGAUUUCCUGUGAUCUCAAAAGCUAAACUGUCUGUCCUCGAAACACUUCAGCUUUGCAACUAAAAUAUUACCGAUUAAUAAUAAAUUAAACCAACCCACGAUAAACACUACAGUCCACCACCGACAAACAUGUGUUUGAAUUUACCUUACCAAUAUUAAUCCCAGCGUGGUAACUCUGUGUGACCCCAGAUAACAUUUUGUAACAUCGUGUGGCCUUGUAGUUCGUGAGUUCUAUCAGUAUUUAUGUUGAGAUUUCUAACAUUGAAUCUAGUCUCUAUCCUGUUAAUUUAAUUUUAAAAUGCUUUAUCCAUUUGUGCAAAGGUAAACACAGAUUGUAUCUUUUUUAAUGGUACGGCAUAAAAAGUAACCCUAAAGUGAAGUGGCUCUAUACUGUUUUAUAGAGUACUUUAACAUGUAUAGAUAUCUUGUAAACUUGUAUUGUGGAUGUGUAAAUAAUAUGUACUUUGGGUUUUUAACACCGCAUGUAAAGUUCAAAAUAAAAUAUACCAAUCAUUA